CCCUUAGCAACAGCUGAGUGUAUCUACACUAACAGCCCCGCUGGUAAAAUCAGCAUUUGGGUGUGGAGCCAUAUUCACAGGAACAUUACAAAGUGGGACUUCAUUCAAGAUCUACAUGUAUGAUCCUCAGGGAGCACUGCUAGAAGACUUGAAUGUCUGAAUGAGAGCAGUAAAACUUGUUGGAUGUGUGAUGAAUGACAGGAGGAUGCAUCGAGCAGAGUGUGCUGCAGGGAAAAGCAUGUAUGUCCACAGCAAGCAGAAGAGGAACUUUCAGUCCAAACCCUUUCACAAGAGCCCAGUGUUCCCUUUGCUUCCACCAAGACCCCGGUCCGAUGGAGACACACUGCUUUCCUCCAGAGGCUCGAAGCUCAUGAGCCUGCAAGUACAGGGGUUCUGUUGUCCCCUACAGCAGAGGCCCAGUAGUGGGAGGGUGACACAGAGGGUGACACCACCAAGCAGAGAGGGAGGAGAGGGGAGCCUGACAAUGUUAAGCAGUAUCAGGGGAAGGCUGGAGAGUACUGGGAGCAGACCUAAGAGGACUCCAGAAGGCAGACCUCCCACUGUAUGUCAUCCCAGAGAACCAGUCCAAAAAACACCAGAAACUUGCACAACCCCCUGUAACAGGAAGAGGCAGGCUCGUCACGGACAUCCCGGCACCGCAAAGGUUUCCCAACUCCAUCUUUAUCUGCCUUCAUCGCUCGGUGACGAUGAGGAGCAGGACGCUGCGACAGAGGAGAUGAGGACUCCAGCAGAGGAGACUAGCGCUCCGGAAUCCAAGGUCAAUCCUUCACACACCAGAGGAGACCAACCUAACACAGGACCCGACACGCCGCACAGCACACCAUCUGAUAGCACAGCUGAGAGGUCAAGUUUCUAAAUCAGUGACUUCUUUUAAAUCCCUUCUUAAAACACAUUUUUAUAGACUUGCUUUCAUGUGAUGCAGUCUUUU